AUGCACCGGAGCGGAGGCCCAUCCGAGGCGCCGUCGUACGCGCCGUCGGUGCGGAGCUCGAGCGGCCUGACGCAAGCUUCGUCGAUCACGCUGCCCAACUGCCCUGACGUCUAUAUCCGCCGCGCCGACAUUGGCGCAUCGCUGCAGGCCUACGAGCGCCUGCUGGGCGCCUCCAAAGCGUACACUUCGACGAUGCUUGCCAUGUCCAAAGCAUCGUCCGAGCUGGCCGAGGCGCUGGAGGACUGCUCGCGUGUAAAGGGUGCACACGCCAUGGGCCCCGCCUUCCAGGCCGCCGGUGGCCUGCACUAUCUCAAGUCGAACUACGAGCAAGUGCUCUGUGACACGUUCUGGAAAGAGUUUUCGAUCCCUCUGCUGGACCAGCUCGACGUGUACCGUACCACCGUGCGCGAGCGGCAGGUGACGCACGAGAAGGCGAUCGCCGAAAAGAGCCGCCUGCUGAAAGAGAUCGAGACCAAGUACCAGAAAGAGGAGCGGCGGCGCAAGCGCGACCUCAACAGCUUUCGCCUGAUGCUGAGCGAGCUCCAAGAGAAGCUGAACGAGCUCGAAGAGAUCAAGGCACAGCACUAUACGGAUGCGCUCGAGUACGAAGAGCAGACGUGGGAGUACCUCGCCUCCAAGGUCGGCCUGCUCGUUCGGGCACAGACCGAGAUUGCGGAGCGCCUCACGUCCAAGUCCGGCUCCGAUCCCGUGCUGGAGUCGAUUACCGCCGCGAUUCCCGACCCCUUUAACUCGUACGGCCCGCCGAAGCGCGGCGACGAGCUCUUUACGAUCCUGCCGCCCUCGACGGCGGCCAGCAGCAGCGUGCGUCUCGACUCGGAGACAUCGACGCCAGCCACAGGUCUGCCCCGCGUCCCGACCGAGUCCGCGGAGCCUGCCGAUGCCCCCAGCUCGUCGCGGCACGCGCCGGACGAGGCGCCCGGCCGCGGCGCGCUCUUCUCGCCGCGGACGCCGGUCUCUGACGAGGCCGAGGACUCGACGCCGACGCGUGCCUUUCUCGCGAGCCAGAUUCAUGCACAGCCCUCGUACGGUUCGCUCUUUGGGUACAGCGCCGAGCGCACUGCCCAGAGCGGCGAUGAGGUCGCGGACGACCUCGAGAGCAAAUUGCAUGUCGACAAAGAGGAGCCGUCGACGCCGGAGCAGGCUGCGCGCCGCCCCCCCGUCUCGCCGAGCCAGUGGCCGAGCGACAAAGGCGUGUGGGAGUAG